GUCACUGUACAAUUAAAAUACAAUUUUCUAUCGUGUUACAUGUAAAUACAAACAUAUAGGUAAUUAACUUAGCACAGUACUGGACUGAUAUCUGAAUACCUGGAAUAUUAGACUGAACUAAUUGCAGGAUCUCCGUAGAAGAUAUGCCAGAGUCAGAGAAUUGCGCGGCUUGUCUUAGAGACAAUGAGAGGAACAAGGCAAAUUUAUGGUGCUAUGAUUGUUUAGAAGCAUUAUGCGAACCAUGUGGGAAAGUCCACAGAAAAUUUUCAACUCCUCAUAAAGUCAAUGACAUCCAGAAAAUUUCAAUGAUGGACAGAACUGUUUCAAAGUUAUGCCAUCGACAUGCCGGUCAAGCAUUAAAGGCAUUCUGUGAGUGCCAUGAUCAGGUUUUAUGUCAGAUGUGUAUUUCUGAAAAUCACAGUAAAUGUAAAAAUGUACAAUCCAUAGAAAAUGCUUCAGAGGAACGAAAAGAUGGAUCUGAUUUAAAAGGUUUACAAGAAAGGUUGACACAAUUGAACAUACACGCAAAGGAUGUCGUAAUCAAAAUAUCAAAUCGUUCUGAACAAUUGCAGCAACAGAAGAUCUCAGUCCUAAAUGAAAUUUUGAAAAUUCGUGAGUUAGUUAAUGGAAAGUUGGAUCAAAUAGAAAAAGGUGUAUUAUGCAGAUUUAGCCAACAGAAUCACAAAAUAUCAGAAAUUGAGAACAAGUUAAAAACAUUACAAAGUGAUUUAGAUUCAAAUAUUGAAACUGCAGAUCACCUUAAUUACAUUACUAAUCAAACACAUUUCUUCCUAAUGUUACAACACCUCAGAACAAUACAGGAUGCAAACGAAAAAGAUAUUGUAAAAACAAAGCAAGAACUUGAAUCAAUUCAACUUAACAUGAUACCAGCAAAUUUUGCAAGGAAAUUGACCGAUUUAAUCUCAUCGUUAGAAGAAACAGGAUAUACCGAUCAUUCCUUGUUAAACGAAAAACAAUUGCAUAUCCAUGGCAAAAUAUCUACAGAAUUCAUAUCAGCAACCAAAAUACAGACGCUAACGCCUACUAAAGGGUUCAUAUUUGGUGCAUGUUGCUUUACUGAAGACAAUCGAAUCGUUCUAACAGAAUCAAAAUGGGAUUCAAAAUACAAACUUAGCAUUUUCGAUAUCAAAUCUGGGAAGACUGGACGAGUUUCAAUAUCACUACCCGAGGAACCAAACCAGUUGUGUUCAUUUGAGAAAUCACGUGUUUUAGUAACGUGUAAGAACAAACUACCUAUAGUUGUGGUUGAUGUGCAAUCAAUUACAACAGACAGGAAAUAUAUUCGACCAUGCAUUGAAAGUCUUGUUGGAAAAGACACAAGUCAAAAUAGCGAAUGUUCAUUUAUAUUUGGAAGAGGCUUCCAGAUAUGGGUGUGUAUUCAGUGUUGUAUCAAAGGAGAAGACUCCGCUUAUAUUUGUUCAAUAAACUUUGAUGGUGAAAUAUUAAAAUCGAUCCCUUUAAAAACUGAUAUAAGUGAUAUGUGUAUCAAUUUUCGCUGCGAUUCGUUCAUCUGCACUCACAAAGACCGGAAAGAAAUCUCAGAAGUAUCAGUUACUGGGGAAAACACGGUAUAUUACAAAAACGGCGACGUUAGGAACAACUGUCGCAUUGCAAGCGAUGCGUCUGGUGGUGUUUACGUGUGUGAGCCUAUAACAAAUACACUAUAUAAACUACGAUUUGGCGAACGAAAUACUGUCCUGACAGAAAAGGAUGGAAUAGCGAGUGUUUCUCAUGUAAAUUUCAACAACAGAACAAAUGAGCUGGUACUAACUAGUAAUGGAGGGGAGUGUGUAUAUGUUUACCAUGUUCAAAACUGAGUAAUAAUGAACCAUUUUAAACAGAAACAUGUAAUUGUACAAAGUAUCAAUUUUCGUUCGGUCAUUUCUUUAAAAUAACAUUUUGUACCGAAAAAACUACUAAGUGAAUAUGAACGUGAUUUCUAAAUAUUUUUCUAAUUUAAUGUUAGGGUUGAGCGCAGAAUCAGGAAGAUUUAAGUUAUAUAAAUCAGAUUGCGUAGCAAACUUUGCACGAACCGCAAGUAGUUUGACAUGUGGUUGUUGCCUUCAUAUUAAUAUUUACAAAUAAUUGUUUUUCAUCCUUACUUCUUACUUAAAAUGUUUGACGUAAAUUUACAACAGGCCAACAGUUUUGUUUGUUAUUAACCAAGUGUUAAUGACGUCAUGUGCAUAAAAUUUGUAACCAGUUUUCUUACGGAAUAUAGGAUGAAAAAACACCUCGAUUAUAAAAUAUGUCUAUCCACAUACAUUUAGAAAUAAGAAAAAAAUGUUGAAUGUUCACAAAAGAAAUGCUCUAUUAGAUUUAAUUCUUUUAAUGAGUUGUAUAUGUUCCUUGUAUUUACAGUACGUUGUUUUUAUCUUCAGCCAUAAAUUUGAGUUCGUUGUUUUAUUUGGCUACCAAGUUGCAUAUUUACAUGUACUUAUAAAUGUCUUUUAAAUUAAAUUGUUGAAUUUG